GGAGGUGCAAAGUUUUAAGAGAAUCUGGAACCGAGCUCGGCAGGAUGGUAGAAGCCAGUAGUACUUCACUGGAGCUGGACCUCACAACUGACAACUCAGAUGCAUCGUACUGGAUCCCCGAGAGAAAAAGGGAACGAGAUUUGGAAGACGAGUACAUCCUCGGAGAUAUUAUCGGAAGGGGUGCCUCAUCAAAAGUAUACAAAUGUCUGCACAAAGGAAAGACAGAAUGGGCCUGCAAAGUGUUUGAAAAGGGACGUUUGAACAAAAAGAUGGUGCAAACAGAAAUUGGAAUUUUACUGAAGCUUAGGCACCCACAUAUCAUCCAGCUGCGGGAAGUGUUCGAGACAAGGACUGAGAUCCAACUGAUACUGGAACUUGUGACGGGUGGGGAACUGUUCGAACGCAUCGUGGAACGUGGGCAUUACUCUGAACGCGACGCAGCAGAAGCUGUGCGUCAGAUACUCAGCGCCUUACAGUACCUGCAUGCACAUGGUGUGGUACACCGCGACUUGAAACCAGAGAACCUUCUGUAUGAAUCGGAGUACGAGGACUCGCACCUCAAGCUGGCAGACUUUGGUCUCAGCAAAAUACUGCGUCGCGGGAACCUCACCAUGAACACACUCUGUGGCACUGUUGGUUACUGUGCUCCCGAGAUUCUGCUGAGCAAAGAAUAUGAUGCUUCUGUCGACCUCUGGAGUUUGGGUGUCGUCACUUACAUAAUGUUAUGUGGAUUUGAGCCGUUUUGGGAUGAUACAGGAGAGAUGGCUGUGUGUCGACAUAUUGUCGAGGGUGAAUUCAGUUUCCCAUCACCUUGGUGGGAUGAUAUCUCAGACAGUGCCAAGAAUCUCAUCACACAACUUCUCCAUAUUGAACCUUUGAAGCGGCCUACUGCAACAGAAGUUCUGAACCAUCCAUGGGUCCGUGGUGAGACUACACGCCAAAAUCAUAUGAGUAGCACCAUUAAAAGACUACGAGAAUUCAAUGCACGGAGAAAAUUCAGAGCAGCAACACAUGCUGUGUUGGCAACACACAGAGCCAUGUACCUCAUCUCUCCAGAGCGGAAGACGGCUAACAAGAACUCGCCUCCCACCAGCCAAUAUAAGUAAUAAAGUACUCUUGUACAGAAGUGUUGCAAAUAUUAGUCCUUCCAUUACAUUCAGUAAGAGAUUCAGGAAUUUACUAUACGCAGUAAACUCAAAGAGAAACAAUUGGGUGUUAAGUUGUAUAAAUCCAAACCUUAUUACUGUAAAUUCAAAGAAUAUAUAAGAAUUGCACCAAUAUGAAGCAGGUCAGUUAUCCUUGUAAUCCUAUCCUGCAUAUAUUAUGGAAAGGUACCUUGCAGCCAAAGGAACCUAAAUUAGCAUUAGUUUGGCAUAUUUAUGAUAUUAGAAAAAUACAGUAUACUCAAAGCAAAAUUAUUCAAAAAUAUUAACACUAAGCUAUUAAGCACAUACAAUGUGAAACAAUGCAAUAAAUGAAUGUUGAAUAAGGAAACAUGUCAAUUGUUCCUGUCAGACAAGGAGUGUAUAAACAUAAAUGCAAAUGACAGUGAAUCUUAAAUGAAACUAAGUGGCCCAAAUUUUAAAAAAACUAUGUACAUAAAAAAUUGAAUCAGUAAUGAAGAAGAAGAAGAAUGUUAUUCAGUUCCUGAUAAACACUUAAGAGAGGGAACACAAUGUAAACACAAAGUUCUCAGUAUGCACAUAAACAAUAAAACUUAAAUAUUUCUGACACAGUCAAUAUAAGUCAGUGUUGAAGUCUUAUUUCCCAACACGUCAGAUGUAAACAUUCCUCUACAUCUCAACAAUAAAGUUGAAAAGAAACACUGAGGGAAAUAAAAAUAUCCAGUAUUGUUCCUUGUACAUAGUAAAAAACCAACUUGCUUCAUCUGGGCUGAAUAAAAUGUAUUAUUGGGUCACAAAAUGUAUGUCAUGCACCCCUGCAAUUCAAUAAUAAGUUUGUUACAUCAGUGGUGUAUAAUUUCUUAUUUCAUAAUUAAAUAUUCAGCCCAGACAUUUAUUGUUCCAGUAUUACAAAAAAAAGAAAGUUUGCAAUUCAAGGGGAUGCUUGCACCAUUAUAAUUUUUAACAGGUUUCAUAUUACUUCCUGUCCCAUAUUAUCCUAAUACAGUAUUUGUAUUUCAAUUGAACACAGUUUAUAAAUGUUUCUUAUAUCACAACUUAGGUCAUAGUAAGUCAUAUUUUAUGGUCUCAAAUACUGUAAUCAUUUGUAUACUUGUAUUUUAUCGCCACAAAUAUCUUUUCUAUCUAAGAUACCUGUCAGAAAAAAUUAAUAUAUAUUAUCUGUGCAUGCUGAACACGUUAUAUUAUUUACUGUACAUGACUGAUAAAGCUCCUCAAGUUAAAAUCAAUAAAUGUGCUUUUAUUUCUA